UAAAUACUUUUGAUUGAGAAAUAAGAAAGAAUCGUUUUUAUUUUUUUCGACAUAUUACUUGUAAUUUGUAAACUUGAAAAAUCCACAUGAUCUUGUACCGUCAUUGUAAACGUAGGCAACAAUGUAAAAAAAAAUGACCAGAAAGUGGAUAUUUUUAUGUGCAGCUGUAGUGGUGUUAAUGCACUUUUCUAUUAUUCUUUUUAUGUUAAGCCCACUGUAUAGUAAUAGAUCAUUCUAUAGGAGUAGUUAUGUACACCUCGGAUUGCGACAGUCGAGCGUCAGUUGGUGUAAAGAGCUGCGGCUGCGGAAGCCCCCUUCUUAUAAUGUCGUGGCUCUUGCCUCUUAUCCAGGCAGCGGAAACACCUGGUUGAGGUAUCUCUUACAACAAGCUACGGGUAUUAUGACUGGUUCAAUCUAUAUGGAUUAUGGUCUGAAAGUUCAUGGUUUCCCAGCAGAGAAUGUCACUAAUGGUUCAGUGCUUGUUGUAAAAACUCAUGAAGGUCCUCCACCUGACAAAAAGUUUCAAGCUGCCGUAUUACUUAUAAGGAAUCCUAGAGAUGCAAUAUUAGCGGACUUUAACAGAAUUCACAAAGGCCAUAUAGGUACGGCACCUAAAUCAGCCUUUAAUAGAAAGACUAGAGACCAAAAAUCUGAUUGGACAUCAUAUGUGUCCACAGAGGUGAUGACAUGGGAGAGUACUCACCGAUUAUGGCUAACCAGAUUUUCUGGUCCACUGCACAUAGUUCUAUAUGAGAGGCUAGUGAUAGACACUCGCAGUACACUACUAUCUGUAUUGGACUUCCUCAACCAAAGUGUAACUGAGGAGGCCAUGGACUGUGCAUUAGCAAACAAGGAGGGUAUUUAUCGCAGAAGAAAAAAGCACAACGAUUUUGACCCGUUUACACCUCAUAUGUAUGCAGUCUUGGACACUGUACGUAGAAGAGUUGCUAACUUGAUAGUGGAGUAUGAGAAAUCGCACAACCACACCUAUUAGUUAAUACUUACAUCAUAAUCUUAAUAGCAUCGAUUGUUAAUAAAAAGUCAAAGUUUACAGUGCAUCUACCAUUUGUGUCUGUGUUAAUUUUAAACUAAAAACUGUUAAAAUGAAGAGGAAAUGGAAUGGAUGUAAUGACUCCUGCUACUACUUUAUAUAAAUUAUAUUAAAACAAGUGUGUCUAAGACAAUUGCUGGUUAUUGACAAAUUUGUCUUUGAUCCAUUUUGAAAAGUUCCUAUUUGUGAGCUGCUAUUGUUUUACGUUUUUAGUAAAUUUGAGGAAAUAUUUUAUUCAGAAAUGUUUCAUUUUGUGAAAUUUUCAAGCUUUAUAAAUUUGACAACGAAAACUAAACACUUACCUGGAUACUCUGGAAUAUACACAAUAACUAUUUUCUCAUAACUAUAGUUAGAUCAAUUUUCUAUUAGUUUUUUAAAGUUGGAAAUGCAAAUCAGUAUUAUUCCAAUGGAAUGCCAAAAUGUAUAUUAGAAAUGAUGUCCAUAUAGUUAAGAAUUAAGUUAUUGAAAUUCACAUUUUUGGUGAUGUAUAUUUGUAAAUAAGAAUCUCUACCAUCUGUUUUAAAUAAAUCCGUGUUUGUCUUCUUGUGUGUGUUUAUUCUAAAAAGUAGGCCUAUCUGUUUAUUGUAAAAAAAUUAAUAAAUUAGACAAUUAAGACAUUGACCCCAAUGAAAAAAUCAUCGAAUUUUCUUUACCCUUGUACUAAAUUUUGUUUAAAUGUAGCCAUAAGUUAGUGAUUUUCUUGUAAUAUAAACCAUUAAAAAUAAUAUCUGAUA